AUGGCUCCCCUCACUCACACUGAGUCUGGCAAAGGCGCCACAGAGUAUGUUGAGAACGUCUCUGAGGAGAAACUCAGCUCUGUGGAAGAGGAUGCUGAUAUUCAAUACUACAAGACUUAUGAUAUCAGCUCCAUCAUUCGCAAGAUGGACUUGCGUAUUCUUCCCAUCAUGAGUGCGCUCUACCUUAUGUCCUUCCUCGACAGAACCAACAUUGGUAACGCGAAAGUCGCAGGUCUCGCGGAUGAUCUCAAGCUUCGUCCCGCUCUUUACAACUGGAGUGUCACCUCGUUCUUCUUCACAUACUGCAUCAUUGAGGCCCCCUCAAACCUGAUGCUCAAGAAAUUUGGUGCCAAACUCUGGCUUCCCUUCAUCAUGGUUCUUUGGUCUGCGUGCUGCGUUGGUCUCGGAUUCGUUACCGACUUCAAGACUCUUCUCAUCACUCGUCUCGCUCUGGGUCUCGCUGAGGGUGGUCUCUUCCCCGGGGUUGCAUUCUACCUCACCACAUGGUACCCUCGUUCCCUCAUCGCUUUCCGCAUUGCCAUUUUCUUCAGUGCUGCCACCAUUGCAGGCGGUUUCGGUGGUCUUCUUGCAUAUGGUUUCCAGCACAUGGACGGUAUUGCUGGUCUCGCCGGAUGGCAGUGGAUCUUUAUCCUCGAGGGUGUGCUUACUUUCAUCGUUGCAGUGAUUGCAGUCUUUGUCAUUCCCAACAACCCACAAGAUGCGCCAUGGCUCAAGGCUGAAGAGCGCCAAAUCAUGGCUUGGCGCAUUGCCCACGAUGGUGACCUCCGCGUGCCCAUGGACGACGCCUUCAAGUGGCAAUAUGUUCGUGAUGCCUUGACCGACUGGAAGCUUUGGCUCAACUUGGUCACCUACUGGGGUGCCGCUGUACCUCUCUACAGCGUUGCGCUCACACUUCCUUCCAUUGUCAAGGGUCUCGGUUACACCACCAUUGACAGUGCACAACUUCACACUGUCCCAGUCUACAUUGUUGGUUGUGUGUUUGUUGUUCUUGCUGCUUGGGUUUCUGACAGGUGGAUGCGUUCACCCGUUGUCAUCAUCAUGCUCAGCAUUGCCGUUCUCGGUUGGGGUCUUGCCCUUGGCCUCCCAGUCAAGAGCAACGGUGCCCGUUAUGCAUCCAUGUUCUUGGCUUGCAUUGGCUCAUACGGUGCCUUUGUCCCUCAGUUGGUGACAUUGACCUCCAACGUCGGUGGCAAGACCAAGCGAGCUGUUGCUAUUGGUAUUCAAGUCGGUGUUGGUGGUCUUGCCGGUGGUGUGCCACCUUGGCUCUUCAAGGCCACUGAGGCCAAGAAGGGAUACCCAUUCGGUUUCCGAUCUGCCAUGAUCUUUGCCAUCCUGGGUAUCUGUUCGACCUCUGUCAACUGGUUCCUCUUGACACGCGCCAACAAGGCAAAGGAGGAGAUGAUCUCUUCUGGCCGCGCUGCUGCUAUGUCUGACGAGGAGCUCGCUGCUAUGGGCGACAGGUCGCCUUACUUCAAGUACAGCUACUAG